AUGAUUCCGACCAUCUCCUACUCUGGAUGCGCAGCACAGCUAUUUCUGUAUGUCUUCUUCAUUGGAACAGAGUUUUCCCUCCUGACUGUCAUGUGCUACGACCGCUACGUGUCCAUCUGCAAACCCCUGCACUAUGGGACCCUCCUGGGCGUUCUGUACUCAGUGGUGCCUUCAGCCCUGAACCCCCUUAUCUACAGCCUGAGGAACCAGGAGCUCAAGGCUGCAGUGUGGACACUGAUAACUAGAUGGUAUCAGCGACAAUAA